UAUAUGUGAGAGAGAGGGAGGAAGACUACAGCCAUGAGUAACCCUUUUGCACACAUAGUUGAGGCUUUGGACCCAAACAACCCUGACCACAAGUUCUACAACCUCUCAAAGCUUGGAGACCCCAGAUAUGACCGCCUGCCUUUCUCCAUCCGCGUGCUGCUGGAGUCGGCUGUGAGGAACUGUGAUGAGUUCCUGGUGAAGCAGUCGGACGUGGAAAGCAUCCUGAACUGGAAGCAGUCUCAGACUCAGAGCGUGGAGGUGCUAUUCAGACCUGCCCGGGUCAUCCUACAGGACUUCACUGGCGUGCCUGCAGUAGUGGACGUUGCUGUGAUGCGCGACGCAGUGAAGAAGCUGGGGGGAGAUCCAGAGAAGAUCAACCCAGUCUGUCCAGCGGACCUCGUCAUCGAUCAUUCCAUCCAGGUGGACUUCAACAGGAUAAGCAUCGAGGCUUGGGGCUCCAAAGCGUUCCGGAACAUGCRCAUCAUUCCCCCCGGCUCGGGGAUUGUGCACCAGCUCAACCUGGAGUACCUGGCCAGGGUGGUGUUUGACCAGGACGGCUACUACUACCCUGACAGCCUGGUGGGCACCGACUCCCACACCACCAUGAUUGACGGCCUGGGUGUGCUGGGCUGGGGUGUGGGCGGGAUCGAGGCGGAGGCUGUCAUGCUGGGUCAGCCAAUCAGCAUGGUGCUCCCUGAGGUCAUCGGCUACAGGCUUGAGGGCACCCCAGACAAGUUCAUCACCUCCACCGACAUCGUCCUCACCGUCACCAAGCACCUGCGCCAGGUCGGCAUCGCGGGGAAGUUUGUGGAGUUCUUCGGCCCAGGUGUGGCACAGCUGUUCAUCACCGACCGAGCCACCAUUGCCAACAUGUGCCCAGAGUAUGGAGCCACUGCAGCCUUCUUCCCCGUGGACCACAUCAGUGUUCAGUACCUGGAGCAGACAGGGAGAGAUGCUGAGAAGCUGGACUACGUCACUAGGUAUCUGAAAGCAGUCGCCUUGUUCAGAGACUACAGCAACUCCUCCCAGGAUCCCGACUUCACCCAGGUGCACGAGCUGGACCUGAGCCCCGUGGUCCCGUGCUGCAGUGGUCCCAAGAGACCCCACGACAGGGUGGCCGUGACGGACAUGAAGACAGAAUUUGAGGCCUGCCUAACAGCUAAGCAAGGCUUCAAGGGUUUCCAGGUGGCCCGGGAGCAUCACCACGCAGAGGUUCCCUUCCAGUUCAAUGACAAGGAGUACAGCCUCUCCCAUGGCUCAGUGGUCAUCGGUGCCAUCACCAGCUGCACCAACACCAGCUGCACCAACACCAGCAACCCUUCUGUUAUGCUGGGGGCUGGUCUCCUGGCAAAGAAGGCCAUCAAGGCUGGACUGAGUAUGAAGCCCUACAUCAACAUCCAUCAACAUCUGUCUCUUCAACAAGUUCCUGAACAAACAGGCACCGCGUACCCUGCACCUACCCUCUGAUGAAACGGUAUAAUGUCCUGGAACAACGGAUAACGUAAUAACUUUCAGUAAUGUAAUAUUCUUUCCUGUUAUAAUGU